AUAAGAUGCCACCUCCCCGAUGGUCAAGUAACUCCGUGCUCGUGCUCGACAGCAGUGUUCCAUCCAGUCCCGAAGCAGAGGAGAGAGUUGUACAUCGAUAGGCUGGUCAUAGCUGGAGAGAUGAUGCUCAAUGGUGCCCUCUUCUUGCUCGUCUGCGCGGCUGCUCGAGCUGCCGCUUCGGGCGGAGACGGCCCGCUGCUGAACGGGAACUUCGAGUACGCGCCCAACAGGUCCCAGAUGAACGGAACGAGGGUGAUGGCGCCGAACGCGAUCCCGUACUGGAAGGUCACCGGGUUCGUGGAGUACAUCGAGUCCGGCGCGAGGCAGGGCGACAUGGUCCUGACGGUGCCCGAAGGCCGGCACGCCGUGCAGCUGGGCACCGAGUCCUCCAUCCGGCAGCAGCUCAGCGUGACGCGGGGCAAGUACUACUCCAUCACAUUCAGCGCCGCGCGCACCUGCGCCCAGUCCGAGAGGCUGAAGGUGUCGGUCGUCCCCGGCGACGACGACGUGGCCGACGAGCUCCCCAUCCAGACGGUGUACACCAGCAGCGGCUGGGACUCCUACUCCUGGGCAUUCAAGGCCAAGCAGGGCGUCGUGUCGUUCAUCAUCCACCACGGGGACGACCAUGCGGAGGAUCCCGCGUGCGGUCCCAUCAUCGACUGCGUCGCCAUUAGAGCGCUCAACCCUCCUCGCGCCACACCCCACAACAUGCUGAUAAAUGGGGACUUCGAGGAGGGGCCGUACAUCACCCCCGGCUCGCCGUGGGGGGUCCUGGUGCCGCCCAUAGACGAAGACGACACCUCGCCGCUGCCGGGCUGGAUGGUCAUGUCCUACUCCAAGGUGGUCAAGUACAUCGACUCGGCGCACUUCCGGGUGCCGCAUGGCGCCCGCGCCGUGGAGCUGGUGGCCGGCUUGGAGGUCGCGCUGGUCCAGGAGGUGGCCACCGUCCCCGGCAGCUCGUGCAGGCUGCAGUUCUCGGUGGGCGACGCGGCCAACGGGUGCGCGGCGUCGCCCAUGCGCGUGCAGGUGGCCACGGCGCGCGGGAGCAAGAGCGUGCCGUACAACUCGAAGGGCACGGGCGGGUACACGCGCGACGCGCUCGACUUCACGGCGGACGGCAACAGCACGCGGGUGGUGUUCUACAGCUCGGGCUACCACACGACGUCCGACGGCAGCGGCACGCUCUGCGGGCCCGUCGUCGACGACGUCUCGCUCGUCUGCGUUUCACGCCCGCAUGCUCGCCGGUUGCUCCGCUGAUGCGUUGCACGUGCUGCUAGAGUGUGAUUUUUUCGGGAGAGCGGCUGCUGGGAAGUGGAAAAUCACUGCUGUUGCUUCUUUUCGUAAGAAAAUAGUCGACCCUCCAUGCGUUGUUUCGUAACAACAAACUACUCCAUACUCAUGGAGUACACAGAAAGACAGAUCAAAACAUAUGUUUAAUUCACGAGCAUGAACGUAACAAGCGGCUUCUAAGA